CAGGGAUCUACCAACAGUUUCGUAUUAUCGUCCUGACAUAUGCAUAACCUUCGAGUCGGGUGCUGACCGGAGAUGUGGCCAUAACAAUGCAAUUCUCAAGCCCCCGGGGAUACAAGUACCAACACCCCCUCCCUUCCUUGAAUACAAAGUCACCCUUCCCCAACAAUGUCCUCCCCCGUCGUGGUCGACUCCUCCAUCCGCUUCACCGCCCACCUCAAGGGCCUCCACGCAAAGGACAUCCUCGCGCGCGACCAGGCCCGAGCCCACAAGUUCCUCGCGGGGCUCCACCCCCACGGCCCCGCCGCCUUCCACGAGGCGCGCAGGGCCCGCCGGCACCACCAUGCACACCACCAUCACCAAGACGCCGACGUGGCCGCGCAGACCAUGGGCGCCGCCAGCAACAGCGGGAAAAGCAUCGACGUGACCGACGCAGCCGUGGAGUACUCGACCAGCGUGGGCGUCGGGACGCCCCCGGCGCAGUACGACCUCCUCAUUGAUACGGGAUCGUCGAACACCUGGCUCGGCGCCAAGAAGAAGUACGUCAAGACCAGCUCCAGCCACAGCACCGGCAAGAAAGUGACGGUCUCGUACGGCACCGGGUCGUUCACCGGUACCGAAUACACCGACACCGUUACCCUCGCCCCGAACCUCGUCAUCCAGAACCAGUCUAUCGGCGUCGCCAGCAGCACGCAAGACUUUAACGACGUCGACGGCAUUCUUGGCAUCGGCCCCGUCGACCUCACCGAGGGCACCGUCGCGGGCAAUGCCCCCGUCCCCACCGUCACCGACAACCUCUACGCGCAAGGCAGCAUCACCACCGAGUCCAUCGGCAUCUCCUUCGAGCCGACGACGGGCACGAACGUCGCGAACGGCACCAUGACCUUUGGCGGCGUCGACUCGUCCAAGUACACGGGCGAGAUCACGUACGUGCCGAUCACGCGCACGAGCCCGGCUUCGCAGUACUGGGGCAUCGACCAGGAUCUGACGUACGGGAAGAGCGGGGCGAAGCUGUUGAGCGGCGCGCCGGGGAUCGUGGAUACGGGCACGACGCUGCUGUUGAUCGCGACGGACGCGUUCGAGGCGUACCAAAAGGCCACCGGUGCGACCAUGGACCAGUCCACCGGCCUGCUGACCCUCACCGAGUCGCAGUUCACCAAGCUGCAGUCGCUGUACUUUGCGAUCGGCGGCACGACCUUUGAGCUGACGCCGAACGCGCAGAUCUGGCCGCGCAGUCUGAACAGCACGAUCGGCGGCGAGGAGGGCAAGAUCUACCUCGUCACGAGCGACCUCGGGAGCCCGAGCGGCAGCGGGCUCGACUUUAUCGACGGGUUUGCGUUCUUGCAGCGCUUUUACUCGGUCUAUGAUACGACCAACUCGCAAGUCGGGAUUGCGAACACGCCGUGGACGGAUGCGACUACGAAUUAA